AAUUUUGAUUUUGGAUUUUUUGUUGUUGUUUCUUGGACUCUAGACUUGGCCUUCUACACUGAAUUAGUUCAUCAUGAACUUUUUGCAAAUCCUUACCAAAAAGAAGGAAAUCAUCCCCUUGCUGCUGUUUGUAACUGCCGCAGGUUGUGGAGCUGUCUCCAUCGCUGUGUACUCUCUCAGAAAGUCUGAUGUGAUCAUUGAUCGAAGAAGAAACCCAGAGCCUUGGGAAUCUGUGGAUCCUAAUGUGCCUGCAAAGCUCCUAACAAUAAACCAAGAGUGGAAGCCCAUUGAAGAGCUGCAGAAGGUUCGAAGGGCAAGCAGAUGAGCAGUUCCCCUUGUCCCAAGGACGUUCUCUAAAUUCAGGGAAACAUUUCAGGGCAGACUGCAGUAUGGACACCAGUAUUUGGGAAUGUUCCUGCUAUAUUUUUAAGGCUGGCCGACAGACUCUUAAAAGGAAUUACAAG